AUGCGCAGAAGACUCAGAUGUUACAGCAAGUCGUAAAAAAUUGAAAGUUUACAAACAACUUCAAUUUACAACGUGAAUUAAUCUUUUCACUAUGCCUUCAGACGACAUUUCGAAGGUCGUAGUUCAUCCGCUAGUCCUUCUUAGUGUGGUCGACCAUUUUAAUCGUGUCAGUAGUGGUGGAAGUCAGCGCAGAGUUGUCGGCGUCUUGCUCGGUGCCAAUCGUAAAGGCAUUCUAGAUGUCUCCAAUAGUUUUGCUGGUAAAAAUUAUGAGAAUUUGUUUGUUUCCUUUGAUGAGGACGAUAAAGACAAUGAUGUUUGGUAUCUCGAUCAUGACUACCUUGAGAAUAUGUACACCAUGUUUAAGAAAGUUAAUGCACGAGAGAAAAUUGUUGGAUGGUAUCAUACAGGUCCAAAACUUCACCCAAAUGAUAUUAAAAUAAACAAUGUUGUUCAACAGUAUUGCAGCAACUCAAUUUUAGUUAUCAUUGAUGCUAAACCGAAAGAUCUUGGUUUGCCUACUGAAGCAUAUAUUGCCGUGGAAGAAGUUCAUGAUGAUGGGACUCCAACUAGUAAGACAUUUGAACACGUACCAAGUGAAAUAGGAGCGGAAGAAGCUGAAGAAGUUGGCGUUGAGCAUUUAUUAAGAGAUAUAAGGAAUCUUACAGCAGGAACAUUGUCACAACGUAUAACUAGCCAACUGAUGUCUUUGAAAGGCUUAAACAAACAUCUUCAGGACAUUAGGAAUUACCUGGAAAAGGUCGCUAUGGGUCAACUACCAGUGAAUCAUUCCAUCAUCUACCAACUUCAGGAUGUGUUCAAUCUAUUACCAGAUCUCAAUGUUGUCGAGUUUGUGAAAGCAACUUCAGUGAAAACCAAUGAUCAAAUGCUUGUCAUGUAUACAGCCUCGAUUGUUCGUGUUUUAAUAGCCCUACAUAAUCUCAUCAACAAUAAGGUGACGAAUCGUGAUGCAGAACGAGAAGAAAGUGGGAAAAAGGAAGAUAAAAUUAAGGACAAAGAAAAGGAUAAAGACACAAAAGAAGAGGCUAAAGUUAAAAAAGAUGAAACAUCUAAGAUGGAAGAUUCAAAAUGACCAAGUUGACAGUCAUGGGUAACCGAUAACAUCAUAAUUUUCUCUAAAAAGAUAACUUAUUAAUAAGAUAUACCAACUGUAUAUGUUUAUGAUAAUGGUUCAUGACUUUGUGUGAAUGAAAAUCUUUCAUAUUUUUAAGUUGAAAAAUUCCAUUUCAGUUGUGUUCAAAGUGUAAUUCAUAUCACAUUUGAUUUGAAAUCAAUUUUCUUUUUAAAGAUAUAAAA